GCCAACGUUUGGCAGCCAUCUUGAUUCUUCUCCCUGCAAACUGUCUCAAUCGACCCACACUACGCAACGCUUUUAAUUUGAUCCAGACAAGUAACAAGCUAUAGUGACGAGGAGUAGGUCUGAUACAGCAUCAUGGCUGAUGCUACGGCCAGAUCGUUGCAGUAUGAGUACAAAGCGAACUCUAAUCUUGUGUUGCAAGCUGAUCGUUCCUUGAUUGAGCGGCGAGGACGUGAUGAAGCAACAGGAGAGGUUGUGUCCCUCGUGGGUCACAUCGGGGGAAUCAAAAUGGGUGACAAGUACCAAAGAACAAAACCACCUGUAUCAGAAGAGAAAAAGGCCAAACGUCAGAAAAUGAUGGAGAAAGAAGACUUUACCAAGAGCAAGACCAGUAGCAGUCUUCUGUCAGAUGAGUCAUCAGACUUAGCUGGUGUUCGAUACAGGCCAAAAACCAGGGAAACCAAAUCCACAUAUGAGGUCCUCUUGAGCUUUAUACAAGCAGCUAUUGGUGAUCAGCCACGAGACAUUCUUUGUGGAGCUGCGGAUGAAGUGUUGAUAGCUUUGAAAGAUGACAAGCUGAAGGAUAAAGAACGACAGAAAGAGAUUGUGUCCCUUCUUGGUGGAAUGCCUGAUGAAAGAUAUGCCUUAUUGGUGAACUUGGGGAAAAAGAUCACAGAUUACUCUGUUGAUAGGAGUUUACUAAAUGAUGACGAGGUUAUUGAUGAGACAUAUGGUGUGGCUGUACAGUUUGAUGAAGAAGAGGAAGAGGAAGAUAAAGACUUUGAUGAGGUCCGUGAUGAAGAGCCCAGUGAUGAAGAGGAAGGAGUAGAGGCUGAUACAACCAUGACUCUCCAGGGAGGGCUUGAAGAAGACAGAGCUCAAAGAACAGGUGAUGUUCUUCAUCCUCGAGACAUUGAUGCCUUUUGGCUGCAGCGAGAAUUGAACAAGUAUUAUGCAGAUGCUGAGGCUUCAAGAUCAAAAGCUGAAGAAGUCCUGGAGAUCCUGAAGAGUGCAAAGGAUGAUCGUGAGCUGGAAAACAAAAUGAUGCUUCUUCUUGGACAUGAUAAGUUCUCUUUUAUCCGGUUACUGCGGAAGAACAAGAGUAUGGUGCUGUAUUGUACACUGCUUGCAACCGCACAGAGUGCAAAGGAAAAGAAAGAGAUUGAAGAGAAGAUGAGUGCUGAUCCAGAUUUGGCCUCCAUCUUGCAUGCACUGACUGAGACAGAACAAGAAGAUUUAAUUCAGGAGGAAAGAGCUCGCAAGGCAGCCAAUAGGAAAGCAAGAAUUGCAGCAGAUUUGGAUGCAUUUGAAUCUGAUCAGACUCGUGGUAGCCGCAGAAUUUUAGAUCUGGAAGAUCUAGCAUUUAAGGAUGGGAGUCAUUUAAUGGCCAACAAGAAAUGUCAGCUGCCUGAUGGAUCAUUCAGAAAACAAAGAAAAGGUUAUGAGGAAGUUCAUGUUCCAGCUUUGAAACCCAAACCGUAUGAAGCAGGAGAGGAGCGAGUCUCUAUCACAAGUCUUCCUAAAUAUGCACAACCUGCCUUUGAGGGCUAUGAAUCUUUGAACAGAAUCCAGAGCCGAUUGAGCAACUCAGCUCUAAACACUGAUGAGAACCUGUUGCUUUGUGCACCAACUGGAGCUGGCAAAACCAAUGUGGCUCUAUUGACCAUCUUGAGGGAGAUUGGCAAGCACAUCAACCUUGAUGGUACAAUCAAUCUGGAGGAAUUCAAAGCUAUUUAUGUUGCACCCAUGAAAUCUCUUGUACAGGAAAUGGUUGCAAAUUUUACCAAGAGACUCAGCACAUAUGGAAUAACAGUGUCUGAGUUAACAGGAGAUCACAACAUGAAUAAGGAGCAGAUCAACAGCACUCAGAUCAUUGUCUGUACCCCUGAGAAAUGGGACAUCAUUACCCGCAAGGGAGGAGAGAGAACAUUCACACAGCUUGUCCGCCUCAUCAUCAUUGAUGAGAUUCAUCUUCUUCAUGAUGAUCGUGGUCCAGUUCUAGAAUCUCUUGUUGCACGCACCAUUCGACAGAUAGAAACAACCCAGGAGCUUGUGCGACUGGUUGGGUUGAGUGCCACUUUACCAAAUUACGAAGAUGUUGCAACCUUUAUGCGUGUGAAUCCUGCAAAGGGUUUGUUCUUUUUUGAUAACAGCUUCAGACCUGUUCCACUGGAGCAGCAGUACAUUGGUGUCACAGAGAAGAAACCAAUAAAAAGACUGCAGGUGAUGAAUGAUGUUGUUUAUGAGAAAGUCAUUGAACAUGCAGGAAAGAACCAAGUGUUGAUCUUUGUUCACUCAAGAAAGGAGACCAGUAAAACAGCAAGGGCCAUAAGAGAUCUUUGCCUGGAAAGAGACACUUUGGGACAUUUCUUGAGGGAAGACUCGGCAAGCACAGAAGUGUUGAGAACUGAAGCUGAGCAAGCUGUGAACUUGGAACUCAAGGAUCUGCUCCCUUAUGGUUUUGCUAUUCAUCAUGCUGGUAUGACAAGAGUGGACAGAACUCUAGUAGAAGAUCUCUUUGCUGACAGGCACAUCCAAGUGUUAGUCUCCACAGCCACGCUGGCUUGGGGUGUGAACUUGCCUGCACACACAGUCAUCAUAAAGGGAACACAGAUCUACAAUCCUGAGAAGGGUCGCUGGGUGGAGCUGGGUGCACUAGACGUGAUGCAGAUGCUGGGGCGCGCAGGUCGUCCACAGUACGACACCAAGGGAGAAGGCAUCCUGUUAACAAGUCACAGUGAACUGCAGUAUUACCUUUCACUCAUGAAUCAACAGUUGCCCAUUGAAAGUCAGUUUAUCAAUAAACUGGCUGACAAUCUCAAUGCUGAAAUUGUCCUGGGGACAGUGCAGAAUGCUAAGGAGGCUGUGCAUUGGUUAGGGUACACUUACUUGUAUAUUCGAAUGCUAAGAAAUCCUUCCUUGUACGGGAUCUCUCAUGAUGAGAUUGAAAAGGACCCACUUCUUGAACAGCGAAGGGCGGACUUGAUUCAUUCAGCAGCUUCUCAGCUGGACAAAAACAACUUGGUGAAAUACGACAAGAAAUCUGGAAACUUUCAGGUGACUGAAUUAGGUCGUAUUGCUAGCCAUUAUUACUGCACCCAAGAAACUAUUGCCACAUACAACAGCCUGCUGAAGCCCACUCUGAGUGAGAUUGAGCUGUUCAGAGUGUUUUCUCUGUCUUCUGAGUUCAAGUACAUCACUGUUAGAGAGGAAGAAAAGCUGGAACUGAACAAGCUGUUAGAACGUGUUCCUAUCCCUGUCAAGGAGAGCAUUGAAGAGCCGAGUGCUAAGGUUAAUGUGUUACUGCAAGCAUACAUCUCUCACCUGAAGUUGGAAGGUUUUGCUCUCAUGUCUGACAUGGUUUAUGUCACACAGUCCUCCGGGCGGUUGAUGAGAGCCAUCUUUGAAAUUGUUUUGAACCGAGGCUGGGCUCAGUUGACGGAUAAAUGUUUGAAUUUGUGUAAAAUGAUCGACAAACGAAUGUGGCUUUCCAUGAGUCCUCUCCGACAGUUCAAGAAAAUUCCCAUGGAGGUUAUUAAGAGAAUCGAGAAGAAGGAAUUCCCUUGGGAGCGAUACUACGACUUGGGAGCCACUGAGAUCGGCGAGUUAGUGCACAUGCCCAAAAUGGGAAAGACGCUGUACAAGUUUGUACAUCAGCUUCCAAAAAUGGAGCUUGCGACCCAUAUUCAGCCCAUAACUAGAUCCACUCUCAGUGUCGAGCUUUCCAUCACCCCAGACUUCCAGUGGGACGAGAAAGUUCACGGGAACUCGGAGGCGAUGUGGAUUUUUGUGGAAGAUGUGGACAGCGAAAUCAUCUUACAUCACGAGUACUUUUUGUUGAAGAGCAAGUUUGCGACGGAUGAGCACACGUUGAAGUUCUUUGUCCCUGUGUUCGAGCCGCUUCCCCCUCAAUAUUUUAUCAGGAUUGUAUCAGACAAGUGGCUGGGUUCAGAAACUCAGUUGCCAGUUUCAUUCCGUCAUUUGAUUUUACCUGAGAAGAACCCUCCGCCCACGGAACUUCUAGAUUUACAACCUUUGCCAGUUUCUGCGCUGAGAAAUCCUGCAUUUGAAGGUCUAUACAAGGACAAGUUCCCUUACUUCAAUCCCAUACAGACACAAGUUUUCAACACCAUGUACAACUCAGACGAAAAUGUUCUUAUCGGAGCACCCACUGGCAGUGGGAAGACUAUCUGUGCGGAGUUUGCAGUACUGCGACUUCUUCAGCAAACACCUGACUGCAGAUGUGUUUACGUAACUCCAUUGCAGUCUCUUGCUGACCAGGUGUAUACGGACUGGCAGAGUAAGUUUGGAUUACAGCUGGGGAAGAACGUUGUGAAACUGACGGGAGAAACUAGCGCUGACCUCAAGCUUCUCGCUAAGGGUAACGUGAUAGUUAGCACUCCAGAGCAGUGGGAUGUGUUGUCCCGACGAUGGAAACAAAGAAAAAACGUGCAGAAUGUACAUUUGUUUAUCUUGGAUGAAGCUCAUUUGAUCGGCGGUGAAUCGGGGCCUGUGAUGGAGGUGAUCUGUUCUCGAAUGAGAUACAUCUCGUCACAGAUCGAAAGGAAUAUUCGAGUUGUGGCCCUUAGCUCUUCUCUGGCAAAUGCUAAGGAUGUUUCUCAGUGGCUUGGAGUCGGGCCGACUGGAUUGUUCAACUUCCAUCCCAACGUGAGACCUGUUCCAUUGGAGCUUCACAUACAGGGUUUUAACAUCACUCAUACAGCAUCUCGUCUGAUAGCCAUGACUAAACCUACCUAUCAGGCCAUCGUAAAACAUUCUCCCAAGAAACCUGUCAUUGUGUUUGUGCCCUCCAGAAGACAAACUAAACUCACUGCCUUGGAUCUGCUGACCUUCUCUGGCGCCGAGAAUGAUGCGGAGAGGUUCCUGCAUUGCACCGAGGAAGAUCUUCAGCCUUUUGUGAAGCGUUUGAACGACAAGACUUUAAAGGAGACUGUCAGUUAUGGUGUGGCUUAUUUACACGAGGGACUGUCUGAAGGUGAAACGAAGAUUGUGGAACAGCUGUUCAACUCUGGCGCCAUUCAGGUGGUGGUCGUGUCACGCAAUCUUGCCUGGGCGAUUGACAUGAGUGCUCAUCUGGUGAUCAUCAUGGACACACAGUUCUACGAAGGAAAGAUCCACACUUACGUAGACUAUCCAGUCACAGAUGUGUUGCAGAUGAUCGGCCGAGCAAAUAGACCACUGUUAGACGACUCCGGAAAAGCUGUAAUUCUCUGCCAAGCCUCGAAGAAAGAAUACUUCAAAAAAUUCCUUUAUGAGCCUUUGCCUAUAGAGUCGCAUUUGGAUCACUGUCUGCACGACCAUUUUAAUGCUGAGGUUGUAACGAAGACCGUGGAGAACAAACAAGACGCCGUAGAUUACCUCACAUGGACCUUCCUGUACCGCAGAAUGACACAGAAUCCAAACUACUACAAUUUACAAGGUGUCACUCAUCGUCAUCUGUCAGAUCAUAUGUCAGAUAUGGUGGAAAACACCCUUAACGACCUGGAACAAUCCAAGUGUUUGUCGAUUGAGGAUGAAAUGGAUGUAUCGCCGUUAAAUCUUGGAAUGAUCGCAGCUUAUUACUACAUCAACUACACAACUAUUGAACUGUUCAGUGUGUCGUUAAACGCAAAGACAAAGCUGCGAGGCUUGAUAGAAAUCAUCUCAUCCGCUUAUGAAUACGAGAGACUUCCUAUCAGGCACCACGAGGACACCACUUUGAAACAGCUUAUGAAUCGAGUGCCCCACAAAGUCGCAAAUCCCAAGUAUAACGAUCCUCACGUCAAGACAAACCUGCUCAUCCAAGCUCAUAUGUCCCGGAUGCAACUGUCGGCUGAGAUGCAGUCAGACACAGAGACCAUCCUUGGCAAGGCCAUGCGUCUUGUUCAAGCCUGUGUAGAUGUGUUGAGCAGCAACGGAUGGCUGUCACCUGCGCUGGCCGCCAUGGAGCUUGCCCAAAUGGUUACUCAGGCCAUGUGGAGCAAAGAUUCUUACCUGAAGCAAAUUCCUCAUUUCAGCUCGGAGAUAAUCAAACGAUGCGUUGAUAAGGGAGUGGAAUCAGUGUUUGACAUCAUGGAUUUGGAAGACGACGAAAGAAACAAACUUUUGAAACUUGAUGACAGCCAGAUGCAGGAUGUUGCCAGAUUUUGUAACCGAUAUCCAAACAUUGAAUUGUCCUUUGAGGUACAGGAUAAGGACGAUAUCUCUGCGGGCUCUCCUGUGAAUGUUGUGGUGGACCUUGAUCGUGAGGAUGAGCAGCCAGGACCGGUGAUAGCACCGUUCUUUCCGGGAAAGAGAGAAGAGGGCUGGUGGUUAGUUAUCGGGGACACCAAGAACAAUGGAUUAAUUUCGAUCAAGCGUCUUACGCUUCAACAGAAGGCCAAGGUUAAACUGGACUUUGUGGCUCCGAGUUCGCCUGGGAACUACUCUUAUACUCUGUUUUUUAUGUGUGACACAUACAUGGGGUGUGAUCAAGAAUAUCCGUUCAAGAUUAACGUCGGAGAAGCCGCCAGUGGAGACGAGGAAAGCGGCGACAGCGAAGCUGAUGAUUAAGAGAUUGUUUGAUACAAAAACUGAACAAAUUCUGUCAUCGUUAUCGCGUGACUGCAACGGAACACUUAAGUCAGGCAAUCCCGUCUUUCAGAUUGUGGCGGCAGAUACCUACUCCCAAUGUACAUAAUAGUUGAGCGACUACGGUUUAAAAGAAACCUUAGCAAGUGUUUUUUUUUCUUUUUUUUAACAGUAAGUCUUUCUUGAAAACCUCAGUAUGCAAUAAAUUAAAGCGAUGUGGAAAUAGUUCGAAAGAAGUUAAACGAUUCUUGGAGAGUUAUUUUAAACUUCUUUCUCCAUAAGUGCCAUUAAAUAUUGUAGGACAUUGUAAACUUGUUCGAAAAUGAAUAGAGCUCGUGUAAAAGACAUUUUUCAUUAAUUAGACUGACUGUGUAUACAAACGUACCCAUAAAUGAAAUACCGGAUGUCUUAUUAAUGCAACCCUGCAUUUGGAUCAGCCUUAAACAUAACGUAAAGCACUGAAAAGAUUUCCUUUUAAGAUAUAUUUGUGAUCGCUUUACGCAUUAGUACUUUUCAAUGUAAAACCCCCAAGGGUAGACUGUUAGGUAAAACUUGUACAGUUUCUCUUGCAAUCCUUGUUGGCAAGUCAUUUACAUAAGUAAGUUUUGUUCACCUCCUUUAUACUGGCUCUAUUAACAUUGUCAUCUAUUAAAUGUUCGUCAUACAAGAUCUUGCUGGAUCUUGGAGACAUGUUUGAGGCUUGACAA